UUCCUCUUCACCUUCCCUUCUUUUCCUCUUCUUCUGUAGUUUUUUUCCCUUUUAAAAAAAGGAAAAACCCACUUCAAAUAUCAAAGAAAAACACCAUCUUUCUCAUCCAAUUUCCCAUUUGAUUAUUUCUUACUAAUUUUAAUUAUUUAUUUUUAGAUAUAUGGAUGAUGAAAUGUAUGGUUUCCAUUCAACAAGUGAUUAUGCGGACAAAGCGUUGAUGUCACCAGACAAUUUGAUUAUGCAAACUGAAUACAACAACUUCCACAACUACAACAACUUGUCUCCUCAUCCUCCUAUCUUUGGAUCCGAUGAUGUUCAAUUAUCAUCCAAUUCUACUCUUCAAAAUAAUAAUAGUUAUCAAAUUAGAGCUGGAAAUUUUGGCAGCGGUAGCAGCGCAAGGGAUGAUAAUAAUUAUAAUAAUAAUAACAACAACGAAGAUUAUGAGGAAGAUGGUUCAAAUGUUAUCAAGGCUAAAAUCGUCUCACAUCCUUAUUAUCCUAAAUUACUUGACGCUUAUAUUGAUUGCCAAAAGGUUGGAGCACCACCAGGUAUAGCAAAUCUGCUAGAAGAAAUAAGGCAACAAAAUGAUUUUCGUAAACCAAACGCUACUUCUAUAUGUAUAGGAGCUGAUCCUGAACUAGAUGAGUUUAUGGAAAUGUACUGUGAUAUAUUGUUGAAGUAUAAGUCCGAUCUGUCUAGACCUUUCGAUGAAGCAACAACGUUCCUCAACAACAUUGAACUGCAACUCGGUAAUCUUUGCAAAGAUGAUGGUAGUGUAUCAUCAGAUGAGGAGUUGAGUUGUGGUGAGGGAGAUGCAUCAAUGAGAAGUGAGGAUAAUGAACUCAAGGAUAGACUCCUCCGUAAGUUUGGGAGUCAUCUAAGUAGUCUUAAGUUGGAAUUCUCAAAGAAAAAGAAGAAAGGGAAGCUACCAAAAGAGGCAAGACAAAUUUUACUUGCAUGGUGGGAUGAUCACUUUAGAUGGCCUUACCCUACGGAGGGUGAUAAGAAUUCACUAGCAGAAUCAACAGGACUUGAUCCAAAGCAGAUCAACAAUUGGUUUAUAAAUCAAAGGAAGAGACAUUGGAAACCAUCAGAGAACAUGCAGUUAGCUGUUAUGGAUAAUCUUAAUGGACAAUUCUUCUCAUCAGAUGAUUGAGUUUGAGUUGAAAUUGUGAAACACUGCCCAUGUUUUCUUUCUCUUUUUAUUAUAUAUAUAUAUAUAAUAGUAUAUUUUUGGAAAAGAAAGAAGUUAUUUUGUUAAUCCAAUCUCUAUAAAUAAUGGUAGAGAUUAUUUAAUGUUGAAUUCUCCUUGAUCAUGUAAAUAUUCAACUUAGCUAACUGUCAAAAUUAAUGCUUACC